AUGUCUCCUUACGUCAGCAACAUUGCAGGGGACCUCUGUGCUCCAACUACUAUAACAUUCAGCUCCAGCUCAUUAGUGUCCAUAGGCAGCCGAAGUGCGAGCGCAGAGGGGGGACUGCUGCCAUUGCAGUGCGGCCACUGCUGCUGCUCUGGAGGAGCCACAGCAGAAUACCUCUCUACUCCUCAAGGAUUUUCACAAGUACGUCGUGAAGACCGUUGCCUUUACGAGAGUGCAGCAAUGGAGGAGACGGUCAUUUGGGAACAGCACACUGUAACACUGCACAGGGCACCAGGGUUUGGUUUUGGGAUUGCCAUAUCAGGAGGUCGGGAUAACCCUCAUUUUCAGAGCGGCGAGACCUCCAUCGUGAUCUCCGAUGUCUUGAAGGGGGGCCCAGCCGAGGGACUGCUGCAGGAGAAUGACAGAGUGGUUAUGGUCAAUGCCGUGUCCAUGGACAAUGUGGAGCAUGCCUAUGCAGUCCAGCAGCUUCGCAAGAGCGGGAAAAUUGCCAAAAUUACAAUUCGACGAAAAAGGAAGGUGCACGUCCCAAUGGGGCGACUCGGGGAAAGGGAAACUAUGUCAGAGCACGACGAAGAAGAGGACAGCUACGACGAGGAGAUCUACGAGACGAGGAGCGCCCGCAGCGGGGCCUACAGCAUGGGGGCGAUGGGGCGGCGCAGCGGGCGCAGCAGUGGACGGCGGGACAGGGAACGUGAACGAAGCGUGUCACGAGAGAGGAGUUUGUCCCCACGCACAGAACACCGCUCGCACAAUCUGCCCCCACGCCCCUCCAAGGUCACACUCGUCAAGUCCCGGAAAAAUGAAGCAGAAUAUGGCCUGCGCCUCGCCAGCCACAUCUUUGUCAAGGACAUAUCCCCCGAGAGCCUGGCAGCCCGAGACGGCAACAUCCAAGAAGGAGAUGUUGUGCUGAAGAUAAACGGCACAGUGACGGAGAACCUCUCCUUGAUAGACGCCAAGAAGCUGAUAGAAAGGUCAAAGGGCAAGCUAAAAAUGGUGGUUCAGAGGGACGACCGAGCGACGCUGCUCAACAUCCCAGACCUCGAUGACAGCAUUCCCUCAGCCAACGCCUCGGACAGAGACGACAUCUCAGACAUCCAUUCACUCGCCUCGGACCAUUCCAAUCGCUCACACGAACGGCAUCGAAGCAGCCGCUCCCGCUCUCCAGACCGACGCUCCGAGCCCUCGGACCACUCCCGGAACUCGCCCCCACAGAUCAGCAACGGCAGCCACAGAAGUCGUGAUGAAGAACGCAUCUCAAAACAAUCCUCGACACCAGCCAAGAUUUCAGAGGAGGUUUCUUUGCCCAAACCUAAGGAGUCUGCGCUGACCAGGGAGGACAAGCAGCUGCCUCCGCUCCCAGAACCCAAGCCUGUGUAUGCUCAGCCUGGACAGCCUGAUGUUGACCUGCCAGUCAGUCCCUCUGACGCUCCUGUGCCAAGUGCUGCCCACGAUGACAGCAUUCUACGGCCGAGCAUGAAGCUGGUGAAAUUCAAGAAGGGGGAGAGUGUUGGGCUGCGGCUGGCUGGAGGGAACGACGUGGGCAUCUUUGUAGCUGGAGUCCUGGAAGAGAGCCCUGCUGCUAAAGAGGGGUUGGAGGAGGGGGACCAAAUUCUCAGGGUAAACAAUGUAGAUUUUGCAAACAUAAUCAGAGAGGAGGCGGUGCUCUUCCUUCUGGACCUUCCUAAGGGUGAAGAGGUCACCAUUUUGGCCCAGAAGAAAAAAGAUGUCUACCGCCGAAUUGUGGAGUCCGAUGUUGGGGACUCGUUUUACAUCCGAACACACUUUGAAUAUGAAAAGGAGUCGCCGUACGGCCUCAGCUUCAACAAGGGCGAGGUGUUCCGUGUGGUGGACACUCUCUACAAUGGAAAGCUUGGGUCGUGGCUCGCCAUUCGUAUCGGCAAGAAUCAUCAAGAGGUGGAGCGGGGGAUCAUUCCCAACAAAAACAGAGCGGAGCAGCUCUCUAGUGUGCAAUACACGCUCCCUAAAACAGCAGGGGGCGACAGAGCUGACUUUUGGAGGUUCCGCGGUCUUCGCAGCUCCAAGAGGAACCUGAGGAAAAGUAGAGAAGAUCUGUCGUCGCAACCGGUGCAAACAAAGUUCCCGGCGUAUGAGCGGGUAGUGUUGAGAGAAGCUGGUUUCCUCAGACCUGUUGUCAUCUUUGGGCCUAUCGCUGACACGGCAAGAGAAAAACUAGCACGAGAAGAGCCAGAUGUUUUUGAACUUGCAAAGAGUGAACCAAGAGAUGCAGGAACAGACCAGCGAAGUUCAGGCAUCAUCAGACUCCAUACCAUCAAACAGAUCAUCGACAGAGACAAACAUGCAGUGUUGGACAUAACCCCAAAUGCUGUAGACAGACUGAACUAUGCUCAAUGGUAUCCUAUUGUAGUCUUCCUAAAUCCAGACACUAAGCAAGGAGUGAAGAACAUGAGGACCAGACUAUGUCCUGAGUCCAGAAAAAGUGCCAGAAAGUUGUAUGAGCGCGCCAUCAAACUGAGGAAAAAUAAUCAUCAUUUAUUCACCACUACAAUCAACUUGAAUAAUAUGAACGAUGGUUGGUAUGGAGCACUCAAAGAAACCAUUCAGCAGCAGCAGAAUCAGCUGGUGUGGGUUUCUGAAGGCAAGGCUGACGGUACGACUGAAGACGACCUGGACAUCCACGAUGACCGCCUCUCGUACCUGUCUGCACCGGGCAGCGAGUACUCCAUGUACAGCACGGACAGCCGCCACACGUCUGAUUACGAGGACACCGACACAGAGGGCGGGGCCUACACCGACCAGGAGCUCGACGAGACUCUGAACGAUGAGGUGGGGUUGCCCACGGAGCCCGCUAUCACCCGCUCCUCUGAACCUGUCAGAGAGGACCCUCCAGUGAUCCAGGACACUCCAGGUUACCCUGGAUACCAGCAUCCGGUGACGCCUGAUGCUGCGAGCCGGAUCGACCCGGCAGGGUUCAAGAUGGCAGCUCCGCAGCAGCAGGAUGAAGGUGCUCUGCCUUUCCCUGCACUGCCUCCACCGAUGGCAGCGCCCUCUGCUGUCGAACAGCCAGUACAGCCAGGGGAGACCUGUGCCGCAGCUCCUCAGUCUGAGUCCCUUAGCAGCCCCAGCCCUGCCCCUGAGCUCAUACAGCCCCUUCCACCACCUCCACAUGAGCCCCACCCGGCUGGACUGCCCGGUCCAGAACCAAAGAUGUACAAAAAAGACCUGUACAAUAUGGAGGACCCGGUUCGAAUAAACCACGGCAUGAAGCAGUCUCUGAGCUACAGUCACCAGCCGACCACGUAUCAGGACAAACAGCCAUACCGCGAGUACGACCACCCGCCGUUUGGCUACGACGGCGGCGGCUACACCGAACCAAAGCCUCACAACUCUGACUCUCACCUGCACUAUGACAACAGAGUGCCUCACUUCAGCGAGCAGUGGCCCCCUUACGACCAGCAGACCUCUCAGCCCUCGGCGUACCAGCCUCCAGCCCACCAGCAGCCUCUGGCCUACAGCCCCCGCUCCCCCUACGAGGACGGCCCGGCCCGGGACUACAGCCCGACUCAGCCGCGCUACGACAACUCCUCCCCCAUGGGCUACGAUGGCCGGCCGCGCCACAGUAAAUCUGGGCCAAUCCGCUACGACGAGCCGCCUCCCCCUCCUCCCCCUUCUUACGACGCACGCUCUCCGUAUGACGCCGAGCCGCACACCUUUCCCAUCAACUCCCCUCGCACUCCAGAAGCCCAGAGCCAGUAUUAUGGCGACGCGGGCCUGAGGUCUGCGUACAUGCCCGCCAACCGACCGUACAAACAAGCAGCGCACGAAGCAAUGCUCAACUCUGAACCGCCGCUGCCCCCUCCUCCCGACCUGGAGCCCUUACCGUCUCCAAGUGACCCCACGCUGCCCCCGCCCCCCAGAGAAGACGAGGACGACCCUGCCAUGAAGCCCCAGUCGGUGCUGAACCGAGUCAAGAUGUUCGAGAACAAGCGGUCGGUUUCUAUGGACCGGGCCAAAGACGGGAUAGAGUCGUCUGCGCUCAGACCUGCAGAUGUUCCUAAACCUGCAAGUGCACCUGGCCCCGUCUUCAAAGCCAACUCCCUGAGCAACCUGGAGCAGGAGAAGUCCAGCUAUAGGACUCCUGAGCCUCAGAAGCCUCACUCUAAACCAUUAGAUGAUGCAGCACGCACCAAUCACUACGACGCAGACGAGGAUGAGGAGUAUUACAGGAAGCAGCUGUCUUAUUUUGAUCGACGAAGCUUCGACAGCAAGGCCAUGGGACAACCGCCCCCAGGCCUCAACCGCUUCCAUGAUCUGCCCAAACCAGCUCACAUCCCUUACCCUUACAACCGAGUGGAGUCUGUGGAGAAACUUAAUCCAGUGGAGAAGAGAUAUGAAGCUAUGCCUCAAGUCAGUCCCUCGUCACAGUAUGGAGCUGCUCCUAUGGUCCCUCCCAAUACCCUUCCCAAGCUCAGUCCCAAUGAAGUGAACUCGAUACCUGAACCCAUGGCCUCACCCAAUCCUAAGCCUGAUCUGCCCACUCUGAGGCCGCCCAGUCGGGACGAGUCUCUGGCUUCAGGAUACUUGCCCACAAGGGGCAUCGGUGACAAGUGCCCGGUCAAUGGCACAGACCCUGCUGCCCCAAAGAGCGCUCCUGCCCCAACAAACUACAACCGCUAUGUCCCCAAGUCUUACACAAGCGCAGCCCGGCCUUUUGAGAGGAAGUUUGAGAGCCCCAAGUUCAACCACAACCUCCUGCCCAAUGACUCCACGGUGCAGGCGGACAUCCUGAGCAUCCCCGGGGGGCUGGGCAACACUGUGGGGAAGCCCCAGCUCUCCCCUCAGCCCCUGGACCACGACAGCGGCCUGGACACAUUCACACGCACUAUGGACAACCGGCCCAAGUACCAGCACAACAACAUCAACGCCAUCCCCAAAGCCAUUCCUGUGAGUCCGAGUGCACUGGACGAUGACGAUGAAGACGAGGGGCACACGGUGGUGGCCACAGCGCGAGGCGUGUUCAACUGUAACGGCGGCGUCCUGAGCUCCAUCGAGACCGGCGUCAGCAUCAUCAUCCCCCAAGGAGCCAUCCCCGAGAGCGUGGAGCAGGAGAUCUACUUCAAGGUGUGUCGUGACAACAGCAUCCUGCCGCCGCUGGACAAGGAGAAAGGAGAAACGCUGCUAAGUCCGCUGGUGAUGUGCGGCCCACAUGGACUGAAGUUCCUGAAGCCGGUGGAGCUGCGCUUACCUCACUGUGCGUCUAUGACCCCUGAUGGUUGGUCUUUUGCUCUAAAAUCCUCCGACUCCUCGUCGGGUGAUCCCAAAACGUGGCAGAACAAGUCUCUCCCAGGAGACCCCAACUAUCUGGUGGGUGCAAACUGUGUGUCUGUGCUCAUUGACCACUUCUGA